AUGUCUGCCGAAGUCACCACGCUCCCCGCCCCCGUUCCCGCCGCAGACGAGCUCAAGGCCGUCGAGGAGGUCGCCGCGCCCGCCGCACAGGCCAGCGAAGCCCCCGCCACGACGGACGCGCCCGCCUCGACCGACUCUCCCGCCGCAAAGGACGACGCUCCCGCGGCGGCGCACAAGAAGCGUUCGCCAUUCGGGGACCUGAAGAACAAGCUCUUCCACUCCAAGAGCAACUCGACUUCGCCGACGAGGGAGAAGGUCGUUGCCGAGCCGGCCAAGGUCGAGGAGACUCCCAAGGAGAACGUCCCCGCCGUCGAGGAGCCCGUCGCCCCCGUCGUCGCCGCCGAGGAGCCCGCUGCUGCUCCCGCCGUCGCUGCCGCGGAGUCGUCCGACGACGAGCACAAGGAGAAGAAGGAGAAGCACGACAGGCCCAAGAGCCCCGGUGUCUUUGACAAGGUCAAGUCGUUCUUCGGCGACAAGAAGGAGAAGAAGGUCAAGACCCCGACGGAGGAGAAGCCCCAGCCCGUCAUCGAGGCUUCCGCGCCUGCCGCCGCCGCUCCCGUCGAGCCCGCCGUCGCUACCGAGGCUCCCGCGACGACCACCGCCCCCGAGACGGUCGCCUUGGCCGAAGCGUCUGCCUCGGCCACCGCUCCCGUCCCGCAGAUUGUCGAGCCGGCUGGAAAGGCUGUUGACGAGCCGACUGAGGAGCAGGGCAAGGAGUUUGCUGAGGCGGAGAAGCCGGUCGAGCCAGUUGUUGCCGCUGAGGAGAAGAAGGAUGAGGUCAAGGUUGACGAGUCGGCCAAGGCGGAGGACAAGCCCAAGCGCGACUUGACCAAGCUUUCGCGCCGUCUCUCGGCCAAGGUCGGCGCCUUCCUCAGCUCGCCCAAGAAGGAGAAGAAGGAGAAGGACGUCGUCCCUACCGUCCCCGCCGUCCCGGCUGAGGAGUCGACUCCCGCCGCCGUCGUCCCCGAGGCCUCGACCUCGACCGCCGAGGCUGCUGCUCCCGUUGAGGAGGCGCCCGCUGCUGCUGCUGCCGCAGUUGAGGAGCCGAAGAAGGAGGAGCACGUUGAGGCUGCCCCGGUCGCUGAGGCCGCUAAGGAGGAGGUCGUUGCUCCCGUCGACGCUCCCGCUGAGGAGCUCGCCAAGGACGUCGAGGCCAAGAAGGACGAGCCGGCCGUCGCGGCCGCCUAA